AUGGCUGACGAACAGCCUCUCUACCGCCCGCUGGACUUGGUGACUGGCGAGAUUCGUUUGCUGACGAUAAAGCUCCUGGAUUCCAGCGAUGAUGCAUUGGAGUCGCCUAUACUUCGAGCAGAAAUGCAUCAUGUCUCGUUGGACAAGACUGAGAAGAAAUACUUUGCGCUGUCAUACGCAUCAGGCGACUCAACGCCAUCGAAGGCCAUUUGCGUGAACGGAAAAGAGAUUCAGAUUCGCGAGAACCUGUACGACUUCUUGAUAAGAUACCGCGAAUGCAUGACGGACCAGAGAGACGACCGUCCCAUGUUCGACACAGUUGAGUUGUCCAAGUUCUACAAGACAUUCAUGCGAAAAGAGGACCUGUUAAAGAGUGAAAUCAGUGAGCCAAGUUUCUCACCCAAUAUGGCCCUCUGGAUCGAUGCACUGUGCAUCGAUCAGAGCAAUAUCGAUGAGCUCAAUUACCAUGUACCGAGGAUAAAAGAGAUCUAUGAGAAGGCUUGGCACGUCAUAAUUUGGUUGGGAAACGCGACUGAUACGAGCGAUGAGGCGAUGGUAUUUCUGCAAAAGGCCCGGAUGAAACUUGGCGAAGAUCGCAUCGUGAAUAUGUUCCAGGAGCCCGUGGGAGGUUCCAACUUCGCUGCUUGGUCCAAUCCGAUGCCUGAUCUUGAUCAGUGGAGGGCCGUUCAGAAACUGUUCGAUCAUCCAUAUUGGUCGCGGCUAGGAGCAGUGCAAGAACUAGCCUUCAGCAUCCGACACGCCAGUGUCUGGUGCGGAAGGAGGCAAAUGCAUGCCCGUUCCAUGGCCAAAGUACAGCGAGCACAUUUUGGGGACGAAUUCGAAGGCAUAGUAGUGCGAGAUCCCAAGUACGCCAGAUGCGAUUCAGCAAAGACUGUGCCGCCCUCUCUUGUGCGAGGUGGACCGGCGCCGAUUAAAAUCGGUGGCGAUCUUUCGCGCAGGCCUCGUGACCUCGAGAUUUUUGGUGCCAGGAGUUCCCGGGAGAUAAUGUGCAUCAAUCGUGCGAGAAAGACCAGCUUGCCGCAUGAUAUGAUUUAUGCGCUGUAUGGAUGUAUCGUACGGGAGCCCGGAGAUGACUUGAUCGUGGACUAUGGUCGCAGCGUGUCUCAAGUGUACUGUGAUUAUAUUGAGUACGAAGUCAAAACAUCAAAGUCCUGGCAGAUUUGGCAGCUGCUGACCGAGAAGAAGUCGAAGAUUCCAGACCUGCCAUCCUGGGCAGUGGACUGGACUGCAGAGGAUUCCAGACAUCAGAUCAUACCAAUCAGGAGUACUGCCAUGCCAUUAUCUUCCGAUAAUAAGCUACUUGACACUCGGAACUUUGCGACUAUGAGGAUACCUGUAACACUACUGCCGCCGUCACCAGAUGCUAUCAAUGCUGGAGGUUCGACCACUGCACUCUGGCGCGUCUUGAGUCCAGGGAGGAGUAUAGUUGUGUCAGGCUUCAUGAUUGGCAAAAUUGAUGUCGGUGGCGGACAAAACAAGUGCGUUCAAAGUCCCGAUGAUAAGAACGAGAAGUUCUGGAAAGAAAUCGAUGAAGUUGUUUCUCUGCUUCAAAAGAGCUCUCUCAGUGAUGUCGGAAAAGUCCUUCGGAUUGGAGCCUGCUUGUUACUGGAUGACAGCAUGAUGCGGCACAUUGCAGGGGAUGGGAAUCUCUCCAGAUUCGUCGGCGAUCAACUUGACGAAAUUGCACUUGUAGUUCACUCUGCAAGCCCGAUUUUCCACAUGCACUACCGAGACGCUAUCAAUAGCAUACUGCAUCCUUCAUUAAAUGGAAUCCCAGGUGACAGAUCGCCAAGUGGUGCAGCAUUGCAGAUCAUGGAAGAUUUUAUGCAUAGGACUCUCAUGCGGAGAGUCAAGCAGGUAUUUUGGGAUCGAACAUGGAUUAGGAACGCUCGAUUUGAUGCCCUUGGAGUCGCGCCUGCGGCAGCACUGCAGGGUGAUCUCUUGUUCGUCCCGCGUGGAUGUCCUUUCGUAAUGGCCCUCCAUCCGAAGGGUGACGGGACUUUCACUGUGGUUGGACCUUGCUGGUUGUACGGGUUCAUGCAUGGAGAAGCUGUCAAACUCAACGAGGAAGGCCGAAUUGAGGAGAAAGACCUGGUGCUAAUUUGA